AUGGGUUUCAUUGUGAUGCAGAGCCAAGCCAAAGACAAUUUCAAAUAUUUGUUCAUACGCAGGCGAGCUGCAGGAGGUGGGCUGUAUACAAUGAUGCCAGUCACUUUCUCCAGGGAGACAUUAUCUGCUCCUUGGAAUGCCUGCAUUGACUCCAACAACUCGAGCCCCCAGAAACUCUCCAUCUUCAUCUCCUCUCCUGCUUUCGCCUCGGUGGGCUGCUACAAAUUCCAGCUGUGUUUGUCCACACAGGAUGGCCGGGGGAGUUGUGUGUCUGGAAGUUUCAUUGUUCUCUGCAACCCCUGGUGUUCUGAGGAUGCUGUUUUCAUUCCGUUUGAGGAUGAGAGGGAGGAAUACGUCCUGAGUGACUCUGGGCUGCUGUUCAUGGGGACCCAGAUGAAUCCUGUGGCGAGACCUUGGUCUUUUGAUCAGUAUGAGACGGGUGUUUUGGAGGCAUGCCUGGAUCUGCUUCAAAUCAGCCCACAGCACCAGAUGAACAGAACCAAGGACUAUCUGAAACGAAACAACCCUGUCUACAUCAGCCGAGUUGUUUCUGCCAUGAUCAACAGCGAGGAUGAUCGUGGCGUCCUGAAAGGAAACUGGUCUGAAGACUUCAAAGAAGGUGUCAAUCCCUCCAAGUGGACAGGGAGUGGGGACAUUUUGAGACAGUGGGCAAAGUUUGGUCACAACCCAGUCAAGUAUGGACAAUGCUGGGUGUUUGCAGCCGUCAUGUGCACAGUUAUGAGAGUUCUUGGCAUUCCUUGUCGCGUUGUCACAAACUUCAACUCUGCUCAUGACACCAACGCCAACCUGGUGAUUGAGGAGCACUACAGCGAAACGGGGCAGAAGCUGAACCACAGCAAAGACAGCAUAUGGAACUUUCAUGUGUGGGUGGAGUGCUGGAUGACUCGCAAAGAUCUGGGGUCUGAUAUGAAUGGCUGGCAAGUUGUUGACCCAACCCCACAGCAGAGGAGUGAAGGAGUGUUCUGCUGUGGCCCGGCUCCCGUCAAAGCAAUAAAAUAUCAGCGCGUAGACCUGCCAUACGACAUUCCGUUUGUCUACGCGGAGGUGAACGCUGACGUGCACACGAUCAUCUGGAGCCAAGGUCAUGUGGUUAGCUUCAGCACAGACACAGAGAGAGUCGGAUCUUUCAUCUGCACUAAAGCCGUUGGCUUCCCAAGAUUGCAGAACAUCACGGGAGAUUACAAACCCAUCAAAAGUUCAUCUUCAACACUUUCAUCAAGAAGUUCCACAGUUUCAGACGAUUCAACGUUAAGUAGAGCAAACCCAUCCCAGGGAGUGACAGUCCUCUUGACCCUGGACAAAUCUCCAGUUGCUGGAGAGCCGAUUCGCUUCUCAGUGAAGGUCACCAACAGGCAGCGUGUGGCCAAGAAGCUCAUCAUGCACCUUAAUGCUCAGGCCAAAGAGUACAACAACAGUCCGUCUGAUACCUUCUGGGAAAAUCAUGGCGUCCUGCAGCUGGCACCCAUGGAAGCUAAAGUGCUGCAGCAGCAGAUCCAUCCAGCUCAGUAUAAGAACGUUUUGGGAGAUAAUCUGAUCAACCUAGCAGUUGUGCUGGAGGACACCACCACUCAUGAGCGUGCCCUCGCUGCAGAGGAGUUCAACAUUGCCAGCCCAGAGCUCAUCAUAAAGGUUGCAGAUAAAGACUCCAUUGUGCUAAACAAGGAGCACACCGCUACAGUAACGUUCAUCAACCCUUUCUCUCACCCAAUCAGUGGUGUGCUGACUGUAGCUGGGUCUGGGCUCAUAAAUGGCAGGACUCAGUUCAGGAUGAACUCACUGCGUCCCGGAGGAAAAGUUGAGCAACGCAUCUCGUUCUGCCCCAGCGUGAGUGGAGUGAAGAUGCUGCACGCCAGCCUGUCGCUUUCCAACACCAGCAUCACAGUCAGAGGCUUUAAGAUGGUUUCCAUCAACAGUAUUUAGAUCCCGUGAAACUUCUCAUGCGUUCUGUUACCACGAACGACGUAACUGUGAAUGUAAAUCU